AUGAGCUACUACUACUAUGGCAGAAGAAGCAACUCAAUCUUUGAGGCCUUCACUCUCGAUCCUCUGCCAUACCCAGUUCUUCUAAUCUUGGCUGUCAUCUCAAUCUUUCUUGGCAUAUCAUGGUACUUCAGCUACGAAGAAAUUGUGGAGACUGCAAAGCUGCAAAUGAACUUGUUGCUUUUGGCCACACCUCUACUGUUGCUCUUCCUCGUCCGUUGGCUGUCGUCUAUGGAGAAUCCUGACAUGUUGUUUGCUAAAUCACCGUGGGAAUGGAAAAGGCGGACCUACCACCGUCCACCGGAGGGAAGCUCACCGUGGGGUGUGGCUGCUUUGAUUGUGUUGCUGCUUGUUUUGGUGCAAUUCCAGUCUGCCUUUCUUGAUAGCUGGUUUUGA